AUGUUUCUGUCGUACGCCGUCGUGCCCGUGUUGGUUUUCACGGUGCUUUUGAACUUCUUCUACCUGUACGCUCCCAUCGACUCUCUGAUGUGCGGCCAGAACUUCACGUGUUGCGAGGAGUGCUUGAACUCGACGUGCCACACCCAACUGAACAGGACUUGCACGAUCAACCCGGACAACAGCACGUUCGCGUGCUUCACUUGUGACCCCGACGAUAGCGGAGCCGCUCAGUACUACUCCGAGGAGGAUUGCAAGGUGGACUGCACGGAACCGACCAAGAAGUGCGUUUGUGACGGCGCCUGUUGGUCGUGCAUGGUCACGGAGGGCGUCGAUCUCACCAAGUUUGUGUGUACCAUGCCCACCCAGGCGGUGGACGAGACGUGCGCGAUAGUCCCGUACGGGGCAAACUGCAGCGCGCCGUCCACCACGGCACCAUAG